CGUGUUGUAUGAUAGUUAUACCACUUUCCACCCCCUUAUUAUUCCACUCCUCAUACCAUUAAUCGCAGCAGACGCUAUUCGUCUACUUCUGUCAGACCUUCAAUAUGCAAAGAUCAAAUUAUGGGAACUUCCCUCCAGCUAACUCUCCCCCUCUUCAUCACCCAGUACCUCAACAUGUCUCUACAGUCCCUCAGCUACGAUCACCUCCUCCCCCAAUGCCACAACAACAGCAUCAAUCAGGCUAUGGAAACCCCUACCAACCACAAGCUUCAGGGAAUGCUGCCGCAUUCGGCGCAUAUGGAGGCUUCAUAAAUGAUCCUACGGCGCAAAUGGGAUUCCAAGUUGGACAAACAGCUUUAAAACAUGGAACAGAAUAUGUGGAACAGAAUUUCAAUCGAUAUGUCAAUGUUUCGGCGCUGAAACAUUACUUCAAUGUCUCGAAUGGAUAUGUGGUCAACAAGCUAUUUUUGGUCCUAUUCCCAUGGAGACACAAGCCUUGGUCAAGGAAACAAUCGAUUGGUCCCAGUGGUCAAGAGGGGUGGUUUUUACCUCCUAGAGAUGAUCUCAAUAGUCCAGAUAUGUAUAUUCCAGUAAUGGCACUUGUGACUUAUAUCCUCCUUUCCACACUUUUAGCCGGCCUCAGAGGAGCUUUUCAACCAGAACUCCUUGGGUCCACGGCAGGAUGGGCAUUUUUUAUUGUGUUUAUUGAAAUUCUGGGAUUGAAGCUUGGAUGCUAUCUCCUUUCAAUUUCCAACGAGUCCCAGCUACUCGAUUUGGUCGCCUACUCUGGAUAUAAGUUCGUUGGAGUUAUUGCCACUUUAGUCGUCAGUGAGAUCAUCAACGGCGGAAAAGGAACUGGCGGUUGGAUUGGGUGGACUGUUUUCGGUUACACUUUCCUCGCCAAUGCUUUGUUUCUGCUGCGAUCCUUAAAAUACGUUUUACUUCCUGAAAAUACAACUGAUGAGCGAGGAACUAUGCAAACAGUUGCACGAUCGCAGAAGAGCCGAAGGACACAAUUUCUCUUUAUCUACUCAUACCCUGUACAAUUGAUCUUCAUGUGGGGACUUACACGAGCCUGAGUUAGUGGCUCGGAUAUGGAAUCAGUACUGCAUUGGCAUAUAGAAUGACACUAGCGAGAUCAAGGAUAUUGGAUCGCUACUGGAUGGUACAAUUGGGUUUCUGGUGAAAAGGCUAGGCUGGCACGACGAGGCAAAUGUGUAAGAAUACAAGUUUCAAAAUACCCAAUACAAGUUGUUAUAUUACUGUUCACUAGCAUCGAUACCAAUCAGCAAUGGUUGUUAUU